GAUUUUGCAACUUCACGCACUUACAGCUCGGACUACGUGUAUACCACCCCUUGUGGCUGUGCUGUGAUUGGGGUUGACCUGGCGCUUCUGGCCUUCUACAUCUUCAAUGUUCGUACGACCUUGUCACGAGAGUCUGGGCGGGCUGACAGCUACUUCUACCGCCGUUGGGGAGUCGCCUUCGGUUGCUGGUUCGGGGCUCUGCCCUUCUCUGCAGCACUCUCCAAGAUCCUGCUGGCACCGUACGUUUGGUACAUUGUGAGCCUGUCUAUUACGAAAGGAAGCAAUGCACUCGUCUAUGGUGCUUUGGUCGUCGCACUUUGGCCUGAAAACCGAAGGACUCAUUUCAAGCUGAUCUCUGCCUCCCCAGAAGAGUUGCUCGAGAAUUGUCCAUCACCAGGAGGCAGCGCAAAAGAACACGAGGUUUCCGAUUUCCUACCUGGUGCCAAGCUAUGGCUGAAUGCCAGGGAUCUUCCGAAUCUCCUUAGUCAGAAGUUCGUGUCAGACGCUGCUUGGCCGAUGUUCAGCCCUGACGUCUAUGCUGCCCUUUCCGUGGGCCAAAGUUCCUGUUCUCAUUGUCUGAGACCACAGCUCUGUGCGGCUUGA